AUGUAUGCUGCGCAGCUGCGACUGCCAUCAUCUGUUAGCCAAGCAGAGAGAAAGCAGCUUGUGGAGGAGGUCAUCCUCGAAUUGAGUUUGAAGGAAGCUGCGGAUACUCGGAUCGGCAACCAUGCGCACAAAGGCUGCAGUGGAGGAGAGAAAAGGAGGACAAGCAUAGGUGUCCAACUCUUGUCAAAUCCAAGUUUGCUAUGGCUGGAUGAGCCUACCACGGGCUUGGACUCCACCAGCGCUUAUCAGGUCAUCAAAACCCUGCAAAAUCUUGCUAGAAGAGGACGAACGAUUAUUGUCACCAUCCAUCAGCCGCGUUCCGAGAUCUUUGGCCUCUUCGACAAUGUUAUUCUCUUGACCAGAGGCAGCCCAGCAUACGCUGGUAGUGCGAAAGACUGUCUCCCCUAUUUCGCACAGCUUGGACAUGAGAUGCCGCCUUUCACAAACCCAGCAGAGUACUUGAUAGACCUUGUCAGUAUCGACAGUAGAAAUGAGGAGGCAGAGGCAGCAGCAGAGCACCGCGUCAACCACAUCAAGAACGCAUGGAGAGAGCACCUGAGCAAAAUCGCCAACGAGAAGGAUGAAUUAGGCUCAAAUGCUGCGACCGGCUCUGUGUCGCAGUCGCACGCGAAAAGAGUACAAAAAACUUCGCUUGUGCAGCAGAUCCGCGUGUUGACCGCACGAACAUGGAUAGUGACAAUUCGAGAUCCCAUGGGAAUGUUCGGCAGUCUCCUGGAAGCAGUUGCGAUGGCUAUCAUCACCGGCUGGAUCUUUCUCAACGUCGAUGGAUCUUUGUCUGGCAUCCGUUCCCGCCAAGGUGCGCUUUAUAAUGCAGCGGCACUUCAAGGCUACCUUAUUCUACUGUACGAAACUUACCGGCUCACUACUGAUAUUCAACUUUUCGACGAGGAAAGACGCCAAGGCGUGGUCAGCAUACCUGCAUUCCUCAUCUCAAGGAGACUGGCUCGUCUGUUUAUCGAAGAUAUCCCGGUUCCGCUCAUAUUCUCCAUCAUUUACUACUUCAUGUGCGGUUUCCGUGCAGAUGGAGGGCAGUUUCUCACCUUCUUCAGUGUCGUGCUGUUGUUGCAAUACAUCUCGGUCUGCUUUGCAAUGACCUGUAUAGCGGUCUCGAGGAACUUUGCCGGAGCCAGUUUGGUUGCAAAUUUGGCGUACACACUGCAAUCAAUGGGCUGUGGAUUCUUCAUCCAGUCUAAUACGAUUCCUAUCUAUGUUCGGUGGACCAAAUGGACAUGCUACUUGUUCUACGCGUUCGGUGCCCUUGCUUCAAACGAGUUUACCGGGCGUUUUUACGACUGUCCGCUUGAAGGUGGCGAAUCGAACCCUGCGUGCAAAGAGUACACUGGAGAGUUCAUCCUAGACUCUCUUGGUUUCCCGGAUGAUUGGGUCUGGAGACCUAUCCUUGCUCUUUUGGGCUAUGUCAUCGCUUUCUACCUUGGAGCAGGUGUGAUCCUGAAGUUCUGGAGCGCAGAAAUAGUCAUGGCACGAGCAAGACCGUCGAACAUGGACGCAUCUGCUGGCAAAGAGAAGAUGGCUGAGCCUGCUCCUGGCGAUGUAAGGACGGUCACGAUUCGCCUUGACGAUUUCGCUUUGGACGUCGAGAAGCGCGCACUUCGCAAAAACUUCACCAAGACCAUCCUCAAGCCUCUCACUGCUGACUUCCGCCCUGGAUCCCUCAACGUUAUUAUGGGGCCAUCGGGUUCUGGAAAAACUUCCCUGCUGAACGGUAUGGCUGGUCGACUCAAGGACGAUCUGUCGACUAGAUACAAGAAGUCUGGAGCAAUGACCUUCAAUGGUGCAGAACCAUCUCAGGACGUCAUCCACUCAAUCUGCUCCUUUGUCACACAAGAUGAUGAUGCUCUUCUGGCGUCACUGACAGUUCGCGAGACUCUCCGAUAUGCAGCGGGUCUUCGUUUGCCAAAGUGGAUGUCAAAACAGCAGAAGAGUCAACGGGCUGAAGAGAUUCUGUUGAAGAUGGGACUUAAGGACUGUGCUGACAACUUGAUUGGAAACGACCUUAUCAAGGGUAUCAGUGGUGGCGAGAAGCGCCGAGUCACCAUUGCUGUCCAAAUCCUCACUGAGCCAUGCGUGCUGCUGCUUGAUGAGCCUUUGUCGGGGUUGGACGCCUUCACGGCCCUUUCCAUCGUUGACGUGCUUCGCGGUCUAGCUCACGAAGGCCGCACACUGGUUGUGACCAUCCAUCAACCCAGGUCGGAUUUGUUCACGAAUUUUGGCAACGUUCUUCUCCUAGCUCGUGGUGGUCAUCCAAUCUACGCAGGCCCUGCAGGUGACAUGUUACCUCACUUCGCUGCUCAAGGCUACGAAUGUCCCCGUCACAUAAACCCCGCGGAUUUCGCUCUCGAUCUCAUCACCGUUGACCUGCAGCACGAAGCUCGUGAGGCAGCCAGUCGGGCUAAAGUGCGGAAGCUUAUCGAAUCGUGGAACUCAGACAUGUUCCGCGCUGCACGUAUGGGCUCAAUCGCAACUCCAGCGGAACUAGGGAGUUUAGCACGAGAGCCAACCUCCUUCAUAUCGGCAUACUCUAUUCUCAUCAGGCGCAUGGCGAGAAACAUGUUCCGCCAACCCGACAUCAUGAUCGCGAGAGUUAUGCAAGUGGUCGGAAUGGGCAUUGUCCUUGCGCUAUAUUUUGCGCCGCUCAAGAACGACUACUUUGCUGUCCAGAACAGGAUGGGUUUCCUCAUCGAGAUUGCUCCGUUGUACUUCGUCGGCAUGCUCAACAACAUUGCCGUAUAUCCUGUCGAGAGGGACGUUUUCUAUCGCGACUUCGAUGAUCGCAUCUAUGGUGUUGAAGCAUUCUUCAUGACAUACAUAUCGCUCACAACUCCCUUCGAGAUCAUCAGCUGUAUCGUCUUCUCCCUUCUCGCAGUUCUUGCUUGUGGCUUGGAACGCAAUGCGUCGACAUUCUUUAUCAUUACCUACAACGCCUUCUGCAUUGUCAGCUGCGGUGAAAGCCUCGGUAUCGCUUUCAACACGCUCUUCACACACACCGGCUUCUCGGUCAACUCCAUGUCCGCCUUCAAUCACUUGUCUCCGGUCAAGUGGGCGAUCGGCAACAUGGCCGUAUACACUAUGCGGGGUGUCGAGUUCACAUGCGAAGACUGGCAACGCAUCAACGGUCGAUGCCCGAUAUCCACAGGCGAGCAAGUUCUCGACCUGUAUAAGCUUAACGUCAAGCCAGAGGGUUACAUCAUGGCAUUGGGCAUAUGUGCAAUAUCUUACCGCUUCCUAGCGUAUGUAGUGCUGAAGGUGGUGAAAGAGCGGUGGGUAGGCAGGAUGUGGAAGAAGCUAGGUGGAGGGAAGAAGAGGGAGAGUGUAGUGCAGCCCUCGACUCAAAUCUCAGAGUCGACCGUAUGA